AUGGAGAAUAAGAUUGAUCAGUUUAGCUUUGGGAAUUCUACCGAAUCUAAAGCUAAGAUGGGAUUAACUGAUAAAGAUUCACAUAACAUUAAAGUAGAUUUCAAUAAAUCGCCAUUAUUGGUUUCCGUUCCUGAAUCUAAAAAUCCUAGCAAAUCCGAUAGCAAAGUACCUAAUCUUUGGAGUAAAUCAAAUGAUCAAGAUACUUCGGAAUGCCAGACUAGUUUGAUUCGUAACAAUCAAUCUGAAAGCAAAUGUAUUGCUUAUCAGGAUAGUAAAGUUGUACCAACGAAAACUGCAGAUGAGAAAAAACCACUAAAUUUAUUCACUGUUCCCGAUGAAAAAAAUAUCGCUUGUGAAACAAAGAAACCGGCUACAGAUAGCCAACCUAGUGAUACUAAGACCCCAAGCUUAUGGAAUAAGAUAUCGGUACCUAAAAAUACCUGGGAAUGUCAAGUGUGUUUUGUACGAAAUGGAGAAUCAGAUAAUGAGUGUAUUGCAUGUAAUGCUAGUAAACCUGGAUCGAGUAAAAAUGAGUAUAGUCAAGAUAAAAGCAAUGAAAAAUUGAAGUCUACUCUUCCUCCUGAAAUUAAAUUUGGUAGCACUACUGAUCAAAUAGACGCCGGCGGAUUUACUUUUGAUAGUAAAACGACUCAAGUAUCAUCAAAUAAUCAAUUUAAACUAAUAUCGACGUCGGUCGCUUCUGAGAGUACUUCAUCAGGAUUAGAAGGCGGAUUCAAGUUUACACCUGCAAAUAAGAAUUCCAUUAGCACUAAUAAAGCGGGUAACCCUGCUAUAUUUGGGCAGGGAGGUGAAAAUGAAGGUUCAUCUGGUUUCAAAUUUAAUUUCUCAACUGGCAGUAAAAAAUCAGACAAUGAUAGUGGAAAUAUUAGUAUAGCGGAAACAAAGACUGAUAUCGGCACUAAGGCUCCGAUAUUUACUUUUGGCAGCCAACCUACAAAUAAAACUGAUGAUUUAAACCAACCAAGUUCAGGUAAUUUUAAUUUUACGUUUGGUGGUAAUGACACAAAGCCAACUGAAGAUCAAAAAACAGUCGAUAUUGCUGCUAAAUCAGAAAGCAAAGCGGAAAAACCACAUGCUUACAGAUCAACAAUGGGUAAGCCUCCUAUCCCUCAAUAUCCAAUUAAAGCAUCUGGAGAUAAGGCUCAGGCACGUAUAGAAUGUGAUAUGUCAAAAGUUACCAGCGAUGCACCAGCAACGGCAGAGUCAGCUACUCCAGAUGUUGCAGUUACUACUUCAAGCGUUAUUACAAGUAACAAAGAUAUUGAAAAAUCUCAACCUUUUGGUAAUACAACUAGUGGUAAAGCAUCUACAAUCAAAUUUCCUGAAACAGCCGUUCAACCAACAAUUGGCAGUGGCGGCUUUAUAGGGAGCGAUGCAGCGGCUAAAAAACCGGAUGCGGUGACAUUCUCCUUUGGAAAUACUACUGCCUCUGCUGCAAAGAAUGAUAGUAGUAUGCCUAACAUAGCUCUUAAUGUCACUAAAUCUGAAAAUGCCCCGUCUCCGAAAAUAGCAUCGAAUCCUACAGCCAUGUUUACUUUUGGUAAAUCAGCAGAUGCUACUACAACGGCUUCUGGUGAAGAUUUUAAAUUUGGUCAGUUUACAUCAACAGCACCAAACACCCAAAAUACAACAACCAUUGCGGGCACCUUUGGUCAAAAAGAUACUUUGUCAUCUUCCAAUCUAUUUUCAUUCAAUCAGACUUCUUCGACAACGACAGCAACCACGUCUGAACCAAAAUUUGCAUUUGGUAGCUCAGCAGUAAAUAAACCAAUUACAACUAGUACUAUAUCUACUAGUAACUUCACUUUUGGACAGACACAAGCUCAAAGCAGCUCUCCUUUUACUCAGACUUUGCCCAAAACAAAUACUGGUUUUAAUUUUGGCCAGGCAAGUAAUGCUACAUCUUCUGCUGCUCCUAAUAGUAAUAUUGGUAACAAUAAAGUUGCAUUCGAGCAGCAACAACCUUCCAAUAGUAUCUUCACUUUCGGCCAACAGAAUAAUAAUUCCAACAAUAGCACAGGUUCGGUUGGACCUUUUGGCUCAACAUCAAAUACUACCGCAUCCGCUGACGUAAAUAAUGCCUUUAAUCAAACAACCAAAGAUAGUACAACAGUUAGUGGAUUUGGACAAAAUACUUCAGGAAAUAAAUCCGUUCCUGAUGGAUUCAGUUUUGGUCCUCCGACAACAACGUCAUCGUCUUUUACUGGAUUUUCCUUUACAGGUAAUACUCCACAAACGAAUUUGCCCAACUCAACUUCUGCUUUUGGUAAUACUUCAUCUAGUGCAAUUGGGCAGCAGCAGCCACAAGGGUUCUCAUUUGGAAAUAAUAGCAACAAUAACAAUAAUAAUAAUAAUAGCUCUAAUAAUAACACAUGGCCUAAUGCUUCGAGUGGUUCGCAAAAUACGCCAGCCUUCCAAUUUGGAGCUAACGGAUCAUCUAAUCCAGGAGGAUUUGCAUUCGGUUCUAAUCCAAGCGCGACACCACAAGUUCAACAAAGUGGUUUCAAUUUUGGCGCUGCUGGUAAUACUAGUGUAAAUCCUAGCGGGUUUAACUUUGGUGGUAGUCAAAAUGCCCCUACGUUUACUUUUGGUGCUAGUUCAAAUGACAGUAAUCAAGGUGCGGGAGCUACAGCGACAAGGAAAAUUCGGCGCCCUAUUCGACGAAAGCAACGCACAUAA